UUUAAGAAAAUAGACACUCAUUAAGGAUCGGAAAAGAUAGAAUUUUAAAAACUGAAUUUUGUAGAACAACCACUUCAGUUUAUUCUUUGUAGAGGAGCUAAAAUACACCACGCUGCACACACACUGAAAGAUGGCAGGGAUAGACUAUUGCACUGUUCUACCAUCCUGGGACUUCGACAAAGAUCCAGCAACUAUUGUAGAGUAUUACUUUGGACAAGAGUUUAGCUCACAGACAGAUGAUAAUGAUGAUGAUGGAAGUGGACAACAACCUUGUCAAGAUAUCAACCCGAGAAAUUUCCUCCAGCUGUCCAGUGUGGAGGGGGAGGAGGUCUGUACCAUGACCUUGACCUGUAAACCUCAGUAUCACAUCAGUAUCUGUGGUCUCCAUGUGUACAGUCAGGCAAGACUGGUGGAAAUCUAUGAUGCAAGUGAGGGGUACCUAAAGACUGUGAGGGGACAGAGAAUGAGGAUGAUGGGGGAUGAUGAAGGGGGAGAGGAUUCAGAGGUUGUGUACAAGUGUAGGACAUCAUUAGACACAUGUUAUGGACUGACCAUCAAGUUUCCACGAGUUCAUGGUGUCAAUUUCUUCAAGAUUUUCAAAGUAGUCUUCAUUCUUCAUCCUGAACCAGAAGAAGAUUAUGGUGGGAGUGGAGGUCAGUUAGGUCAAAUAAACAUGUCAAAGGUCAAGAGUUAUGUAACAAGUCUCGGAGACAACAUCCCUGAGGGAGCCAGGGGACUGAUGCAAUCCAUGGAGGAAUUUCAGCAGAAUCAGAGGGCUUCUAUGACUGGAAUACAUGGUUUUCUUGGCCAACAACCUUCAUCUGCAGGGUCACCACUAGGAAUGAUGGGAUUGAUGUCCAUGCUCUCUCAAAUGGGAAUCAGGUCUAAUCAGCUUCCAGGAAAAACAAACAACAGCCAAUCACAUCUGAACAAUUUAUCUCAAAAGGGAAUCAGGUCCAAUCAUCUUCCAGAACAAACAAACAGCAACCAAUCACAUUCAAGCAAUUUAUCUCAACAGAGAACACAAGAUCAGUCUGGAAAUUCAAAUGAGAGUGAUUCUUCAGAUGUUUUCUCUCUACUACAUAACAUUUGUGAUAGAGUUUCUGGAAUGCGAGCAGAGGAAAAAAGAAAAAUGGAAGAAGCUGAGGAGACAAAGAGAAGGGAAGCAGAAAAAGCAAAGGAAGAAAAAUUGCAAAUAGACAUUGCUUCAGAAAAUACCACAGACGCAAAUAUUCCAGAGGAAAUGAGAAACAGAGAUACAGAAGUUUCUCCUGGAUCUUCAAACUCAUUGAACACCAAAUUAGAGGACCUUGAACAAAGACUUCUAAGUCAUGUAGACUCUAAACUAAGUGAGAUGGAAAAACGUAUCAACUCAAGACUGGAUGAAAUCUUAAAAUUACUUCAGAGUGAUUGUGUCUCCACUCCAGAAUCCUGACACAGAGUGUUGGGACAUGAUUUUGUUUUCAGUAAAAUUUGUUUUUACAUGUAGUUUAAUGGUUGAUAAAUAAUAACCUGGCAUUAAGUUUCCUGAAGACCUAACCUUUUAUAUUUUUUUUAAUGUAUUUUCUUUCAUUUUCCUACAUUUUUUAUAAUCAUGCAUAUGGAUGGAUUUGAACAAUAUGCAAAUGUUCUGAUGAUGGUUUAUAUUA